AAACAAAAGCCCUUGUUUAGAACAAGUGAUUCUGCAAUCGAUUCUUAGCCCUGGAUUGAAUGAGGGGAGAUUUGGAUGGAGAUGAAGGCGAUGGUGUCCUGUGCCGGGCUUUUGCUUCUAUUUGCGUGGCUUUCUCUAAGCCAAGCCCUUUAUUUCCACAUCGGAGAGACGGAGAAGAAAUGUUUUAUAGAAGAAAUACCCGAUGAAACCAUGGUGAUCGGAAGAUACAGGACACAGCUGUGGGACAAACAGGCUGGCUCUUUUCUCCCGUCCACCCCUGGAUUAGGCAUGCAUGUGGAAAUCAAGGACCCUGAGACAAAUAUCAUUCUGUCCCGUCAGUAUGGAUCAGAUGGACGUUUCACCUUCACGUCCCACACACCAGGCGAGCAUCAGAUCUGCCUUCACUCCAACUCCACCAAGAUGGCACUGUUUGCUGGAGGAAAACUGAGAGUCCACUUGGAGAUUCAGGUUGGUGAGCACACCAACAACUACCCCGAGAUCGCAGCCAAAGACAAACUGAGCGAGCUGCAGCUGAGGGUCCGACAGCUCCUGGAUCAGGUGGAACAGAUCCAGAAAGAGCAGAACUACCAGCGGUAUCGUGAGGAGCGUUUCCGUAUGACAAGCGAGAGCACAAACCAGCGCGUUCUCUGGUGGUCUAUCGCUCAGACCAUCAUCCUCAUCAUCACUGGCAUCUGGCAAAUGAGACAUCUCAAGAGCUUCUUCGAGGCCAAAAAGCUGGUGUGAAAAGCAGAGAGCAUUUCAAAAACACUAACCCAUUUAUUGCCAUUGGGUUUCAAUGCUUUCUUCAGUUCAACAUUGUUUUCAGCAGAGCUUUGAAUUAAGUCUUAAACAUGCAGAAUAUUAACAACCCUUAAUUCUGCUCUAUACCUGAUACCCAUUUAUCAUUCAUUAAUCAUAAAUGUCUAGAAUGGUGUUCAAAUUACUAAAGAGUGAGUGUGAUAUGAAAAUGUUAAAGUGAUGAUCAUUAUGGGUGCAUGGAAACUACUGUUGACUGUAAGGCUGCAUUACUGAUAAAUGCGAAGUAUCAAGCCAGCUAAUCAUUUAAGCGUUUCUAAACAUUUUUUAAUAUGUAUAUAUUGAGGUGUAUUGAAGAUUUUGGUAAAUUUGUGGCUUUAUUUUCAUGCUCUAUCUGCUCUAAACAUCCUCAAACUGGUUUUGUUCUUGAUCUUGAGGGGAAAUGAUUCAAACAAAUUGAUUGUAUCUUGCAUAGUAGCAGUUUAGACCAAACAUUAAAUCCAUAUUUUAGGGAUUUUCUUUCUCUUAGAGACAAAAUGUGAUUUUUGUUGUUGUUGUUGUUCUAAGUCGUCCGUUUCUUGGUUUAUUUAUUUAGCGCAUUGACCAAUAUAUUGAUACAUAUAAUUAAUGUAGCUACAAUGAGCAGGAAUGUCUGUAAUUUAAUGAAAACUUUUGGUUUUCUGGGUUCUUAUUCGAUUUUAAGACUAUAUGUUGUUUAUAGGGUAUUUGGACAUUUUUGUACUGGCUUCUUACAAGUACCAAUUUAUAAAAACGCUGGUUUGCAUGACACACAAUGGCAAAAUCCUCCAUGUAAUGUGAAAAAUUGAAGGUUAUUUAACGCAAGUGUCAUUCAAGCUUUGUAAUAAAUGAUAUAUCUGUGCACACAGUGUGCAUGCACAUACUUGACUGUUGCUUGGUAGUCGGUUAAAAAAAACAUUGUUUACAUGCAUUCAUAAACAUUGUCUUUGUUUGUAUUUUAGUUGGGUUUAAAAUGUUUUUCGAAUUAAAGGUUUUAAAUUGA